UUCUCUAGCUCCUCAAAUUAAGAAGCUCAUCAAUCGCGAUUUGAAAAUUCGAGAGCAUUGAGCGAGAUCGGAGAUGGCAGCUUCUACGUUGUGGCUCCUUUCCAUCUUCUCCAUUUUGUCCAUGGCCGCUUGCAUCGACGACAAAUGUGCUGCAUGCAAUGCCGUCGCGGCAGAGCUAGAGAGUCAACUGUCAAAGGAGAAACCCAGGAACCAUUUGGAUAUGAGACAUCGUUUGGAUUCGAAAGGUCAACGCCAAGGGAAUGUUAUUGAUUACAGGAUGAGUGAACUUAGAGCUGUUGAACUACUGGAUGGGCUUUGUGAUAAUAUGCAAGAUUACACUCUUGAAAAGAUAGAUUCAACUCGACGUGAGUGGAUCAAAGUGGAUAACUGGGACAUUCUCACUAUUGGUAAGCAAGAAGCUAAGGCAUACUCGAAAGACAUAUCCUCUUAUUGUGGACGGUUACUGGAGGAAACUGAAGAUGAGUUAACAGAAUUAAUAAAGAAAGGAUCUGUUAAGCAAGGAGAAGUAAGCAAACUUCUAUGCGAAGAUUUGAGCGAGCACUGCAGCGGCUCAAGUGAUAGCAAUUCCGAUUCCUAUACCAAUAGUAAUGACGAACUAUAGACCAUCGGACUCAUCGUUGUUCAGCGGAAGAAGAGAUUUUAUGGGAAAAAAAGUUACCAUGCGUUGCAACAUUACCGAAACGUGGCUGUUUAAUUGAGACUUAUUUUUGUGACUUAAAACAAAAUUUUGCUCUUUGGAGCAUGUUGAGACCUUUCUGGAACUUCAAAUAAGAUUUCACUUUUUGGAAA